AUGGACGUCAAGGAAGCGACCGAAAAGGACAUCGAGGCCACCGUCGUUCAAGGCCAGACCACCUACGUUGCAGACCCCUAUGGAGAACUGCAACGGGGCUUGAAGGAACGACAUGUUCAAUUCAUUGCCUUGGGCGGCACUAUCGGCACGGGCCUGUUCCUGGGCAUUGGCAGUGCCCUUGCAACGUCCGGUCCGUUGUCGCUGUUUCUGGGAUACCUCUUUACGAGCGUGGCGAUCUGGGCCAUGAUGCAAAGCCUCGGCGAGAUGACUUCCCUGUUCCCCUUGCCGGGCAUGAUUGCGCAGCUCGGCUCUCGCUUCGUGGACCCGGCCCUGGGCUUCGCCAUCGGGUGGAAUCAGUGGUACAACUGUGCGAUCGCCAUCUGCGCCGAGACGUCAGCGGCCGUGGUUCUGAUCCAGUAUUGGACUGACAUCAACCCUGCGGCGUGGAUCACCAUCAUAUUGGCCAUCGUGGUCUUUCUCAAUGUCAUCGCCGUCGCCAUCUACGGCGAGGCCGAGUUCUUUUUCGCCGGGAUCAAAAUCAUCACCAUCCUCGGCCUGCUCAUUCUGGCCUUCGUCAUCGACCUGGGCGGUGGCCCGUCCCACGAUCGCCUGGGGUUUCGAUACUGGAAGCACCCUGGUGCGAUGAACACCUACAUCGGCACCGGGUCGACCGGGCGGUUUCUGGGCUUGUUCAACACCCUGAUCAAUGCCGCCUUCGCGUUUGGCGGCGUCGAGCAAGUGGCGGUUGCCGCGGGCGAAACCAAAGAUCCCGCGCGCAACAUCCCCAAGGCCAUCCGUCGCGUCUUCUGGCGGCUUCUCUUCUUCUACGUGCUGGGCUCCUUGGGCGUAGGAGUCCUCGUGCCCUCCACCAACGACCAUUUGCUGUACGGUAGCGGGGUGGCCAGCUCGCCCUGGCUGAUCGCCAUCAACAACGCCGGCAUUCCCGUCUUGCCGCAUAUCCUGAACGCCGUGCUGGUGACAUCGGCCGCCUCGUCCGCCAAUGCCAAUCUGUAUACGGGCUCUCGCUACCUGUAUGCUCUGGCCCAGCAAGGCCAAGCUCCAAGAUUCCUGCUCACCUGUACCAAGAGAGGCGUUCCCAUCUACUGUGUUGGAAUAACCGGUGUCAUCGGUCUUCUCACAUACAUGACCGUCUCCAGCGGCGGCGCCAACGUCUUCCACUGGUUCUCCAGCCUGGUGACCAUUGCGUACCUGCUCACGUGGCUCUCCAUCUGCCUGGCUUAUACCCGGUUUCGAAAAGCAUUGAUCCACGCCGGGGUCGACCGCGCCACCCUGCCUUUCAGGGCACGGGGCCAGCCCUACACUGCCUGGGGCGGAGCAGGAUUUUUCGCCGUCGUGCUACUCUUCAACGGCUUUCCCGUCUUCACCCACGGCAAUUGGAAUGCGCGGAAUUUUGUGUCCGCGUAUAUUGGUCUACCAAUUUUUGCUCUUCUGUAUACUGGCUGGAAAGUGGUGACCAAGAGCAAAAUCGUGCCAAUCGACGAGAUCGACUUGGUCACCGGCCGUGUGGACCUGGACCAUGUGGUUAAUGGUGCCCAACCCCGGCCACGCCCGAAGAAGCUGCCAGAUCUGUUGCGUAGGAUGGCGAGCAAGAUCGGCUGA